AUUAACACUAAACAUCACUUGUGUAAAUACUCGGCGACCUCGGCAAAUGGCGGGAGAAAUUCAAGAUCAAUUGAGUUUUGGUACAGUGAGAGUAACGAAGUUUGAAGACAUAAAAAUGGAGGGCGGCGAUGCAGAGACCGAGAAAGUUCGAUUGGUGAGUUUAGCCAUGGAAUUCGGCUUCGACGAGCAAUCUGCUCACAAAUGCUUGGACCGCAUUAUCCAACUUUAUGGUGAAGACGGACAAGAUUUUAUCACUGUGGAGCACUGUGGUGAUGAUUUUCUCGCAAUGCUGGGUGAGUCUAUGCAAGACAGUGAAGAAUGGGAUGAUGUACAAGCUAUGGAAACUGAAACAUGCGGUGCUCUGAGCAGUAUGCUCGGGAAAGAAACUCCUAUUUAUGACGUUGAUUGUGAAGACAAUGAGGAUCCAGGAAGUAGCGUUCAUGUGAGAGAACAAACUCGGACACAUCCGAACAUCCUGGUGGUAGAUUCUUCCAGUGAAAACGAGGAUUCGGAGUUUCAACCUCCUGCAAAUAGAAAUUCAAAGUCCUUGCCACAUUCUAAUCCUCUUCAUAACAGCAGCGGUUGGACUUCUCCAAGAUCUGGGGAGUGCCGCAGCAGUGUCACUCGUGAUACAGGCCCAUCGUCAUCCCAGAAAAGGGCUAGAAGUUCAUCUGUCAUUUCUACAAGAGAAACCUGUCAAGUAUUGAAUGGGAAUGAGGGAACUCUCAGUUAUGAAGAAUUGCAGGCUUUGGAUGAUUAUGAAUUAGCUAAUGUCGUCAUUUUUGGUAAUAGGUCAUUUCGCCCUUUGCAACACCAGGCAUGUAAAGCAUUUGUCCAAAAGCAAGACUGCUUUAUUCUUUUGCCGACUGGAGGUGGAAAAAGUCUGUGUUACCAGCUUCCUGCGACUCUACAACCAGGCGUGACCGUUGUUAUAUCCCCACUGCUUUCACUUAUUCAGGAUCAAAUUGUCACACUGAAUCUUAAGUACGGGGUGCCUGCAACUUUUUUGAACUCCCAGCAAAGCCCUUCACAAGCUGCGGCGAUCAUUCAAGAGCUUAGGAGUGACAAACCCUCAUGCAAGCUCUUGUAUGUAACUCCGGAAAGAAUUUCUGGAAAUGCAUCAUUUUUAGAUGCACUACAUUAUAUGCAUCAGAAGGGACUGCUGACAGGGUUUGUUGUUGAUGAAGCACAUUGUGUAAGCCAAUGGGGCCAUGAUUUCCGUCCAGAUUAUCGGAGGUUGGGAUGUCUUAAGCAGAAUUUUCCAACUGUCCCUGUGAUGGCAUUAACUGCUACAGCAACUCAUUGUGUUCGCAAGGACAUAUUAAGUGCAUUAAAAAUACCGCGUGCUUUGGUGCUGGAGACGAGUUUUGAUAGACCCAAUUUGAAGUACAAAGUGAUUACUAAGACUAAGGAACCGCUUGAGCAGCUUGGUAAACUACUGAAGGAUGGGUUCAAAAAUUCUUGUGGAAUAGUGUAUUGCCUUUCAAAGAAUGAAAGUGUGGAGGUGGCGAAGUAUUUAAAUAAAAAAUGUAAGAUCAAAUCCGUGCAUUACCAUGCUGGUUUAGCAGCUCGUCAAAGAGUUUCCGUUCAAAAGAGUUGGCAUACAGGAGAAGUACAAGUUGUAUGUGCCACAAUUGCCUUUGGGAUGGGAAUAGAUAAACCCGACGUGCGUUUUGUUAUCCAUAAUACAAUGUCCAAAUCAAUCGAAAGCUAUUACCAGGAGUCUGGAAGGGCAGGUAGAGACAAUCUCCCCGCAGAGUGUAUUGCCUUGUAUCAGAAAAAGGAUUUCAGUCGAAUUGUUUGUAUGUUGAGAAAUGGACAAAGUUACAACAAAAACAACUUCAAGAAGGCAAUGGCUCAAGCUCAGAAAAUGCGGGAGUAUUGUGAACUGAAGGACGAUUGCCGGAGAAAAAUCUUGCUGGGACAUUUUGGAGAAUCUUUUGACUCAAGCGGAUGCAAGUACGGUCCUAAUCCAUGUGAUAAUUGUGUGAAUAAACCUGCAUGAGAUAAUGACAAGCCUACCAUAUUUGACCAAGACACUAAAUAUGAUUCAGAGAUGGCCUAUUCCACAAGUUUUGUGUGGUGUUCGAGAUGCUCUCAGCUACUACGUAUGUGUUAAGACUUCGCAAUACACAGUUUUCUUUUGUUUAUACGACUGGCACGAGGUUGAAGUAUCCAAGUGUUCGUUUAAAACUUUGGCUAAUGUAAGUCGUCACAGCAACGCCUUCUUGCAGGGCCGUACAUACAACCUUCGAAGAUGGAAGUACCGACCAGUGGUCCAUCCCAUGGUGAGGACCAUCAGGAGAUGUUAUACUUAUACCUGAUGUUUUGGUAAUCAUACAACCGCGAAGUGUCUUGUAAAUUGUAAUGUUGUAUAGCCCUCAUUCAUCAGUUGCUUGAUAUAGUCAAAGGGGAGGGACCUAUGUAGUUGUGGACUUGUGGUGUUGGCUCAAUGAUGAAAACGACGAAUCGUUGAAUCCAGAAUUUAAGAUGGGCAGAUGUAAUACUAGUACUAAUUGUACUAUCAUAGCGGCAUAGCCUAAAGCAAAGAAUGUGUUACAACGUUACUGACAUAACACCUUGUGAUCACAUGCCUUUGUAGAGUUUGUACCACUGAAUUGCAUUAUGGAGUAAGCAGUAAGCUACGGAGUAGUAAUUACUCUUAACUAGUAUGUCAUGUAAAAUAGACGCUUCAGAAUUCAGACUUUAUGGUGCAAUCAAUAUUAGUAAUAAGUAACCUUCA